AUGUCUAUCGAGGAAAGGUUUACACAAAACCUCACGGAUCAUUUUAAAGAAAACAAAAAAGGAUUAAUUCCAAAGUGUGACUAUCAGAAGACCAUCGAUGCUCUGAAAGCAGUAGCUGAUAACUCACAUGCCAAGGGGCGGCACGGAUAUUAUCUGUUGGAGAAGUAUGAAGUACUCCAGUGCGGGCCUACAGAAAAACUGAUAAAGAGACGUUCGACACGACAGGAGUCACCACUCUACUAUGUGAGCAUCGAGGAGACGUUUGACGUUGUCCAGAGCGCCCACAUCUCAACAGGCCAUGGCGGAAGAGACCGGAUGUUGAAAGAAUUACAAAAGAAAUACGCAAACAUUCCAACUAAGGCCGUUGAGCCGUUCAAGUCACUCUGCCAAGAAUGCAAAAAGAAACGAAAACGGCCGAUGAUGAAGGGGGUUGUCGUUCGUCCAAUACUCACCAAGGAAUUCUCGUCAAGGGGUCAGGUGGAUCUAAUUGACAUGCAAAGCAUGCCCAGUGGAUCCAACAAGAAAUGGAUCAUGGUGUACCAGGAUCACCUGACGAAGUUUUGCAUCCUUCGAGCCUUGACGUCUAAAAGAGCUGCAGAGGUCGCUUUUUCAUCUACUGGACAUUUUUCUUCUCUUUGGUGCCCCCGUUAUUCUCCAAAGCGAUAA